UAUAAAACUAACACGGUAAACGUUAGAUUUUCAUAGUCGGUUUAUUUACAUCGCGUAAUAUCAUUCUAACAUAACAUAGUAAAGACAUUCAUAUUAAGAUUUUAUGAUUUUAGGCCUGAGUUCAACAGACAUGAUGACGUUUCUUUUGGUGCUAUUGCUUGGCGUUUGCCAAAGAGCCUUAUCACAGUCUCAGCCACACAUGUGUGAUGGCGCAGUAUUUGUCGACGGAACAGGCUACAAACAACACGAAGAUUGCGACAAAUUUAUUGAAUGUGGCGUUGACCAACAGGGGCAAGUUUUCGGAUGGGUAAAGCAAUGCUCCUUCGGUACGUAUUGGGAUAUGGACCAUUUGACGUGCGAAGCGGUGGACAAGGCGAUCUGCCCCAAAGACAAAUGCGAGGCAAUGAGGGAUGGGGACAUAUACCCGACACUUAACAACUGCAGGGGCUAUUGGCGCUGUAAAGGAGGAAAGUCUCAACCAGAGUGCUGCCCUAUGGGCAAAAAGUUUAUUCAUGAUUUGAUGAUGUGCGUAGACGACACAAGCAAGGAAUGUUCGUCUACUUGCAUCACACACAUAUUCCAUGUCCCCGAAAAUUGUGACAAGUUCGAGGUUCCCGGCAAGCCAACGUAUUACAGUCAGAUCGUAGAAGGCUGGGGCGCAAUAGAGCUUCCGUGUGCGCCAGGCACAGGCUUCGAUCCCGUUUCGUGCAACUGCAUUCGUCUGGUUAAUGUGGUUCCCACAGAAAAGGUUUGCAGGCCAGAAUUGUACUUACCGUUUAAUGUCGACCACCGUGACGCUUCUGGGAAGAACAACUACGUGAGUAACGAGAACGUUAUCAUUGCUAACGGAAAAGCGCUGUUCAAUGGGAAAACCAGUCGUCUGUUGAUACCGCGGUUCACCAAUUUCGAACAAACUUCCACGAUUGUUAUAAAGGUCAAGUACGCCUCAAACCACAGCGAAAUUACUGGAAUGGCCCACGCAAUAUUGGGCAACAACGGCUGUCAAAACAUCCCUACCCUUUUGAUCGCUGAAGAUUUUGCAAACGCUUAUAUAGGCGUGAGUACGGACAUUACCGUCUUUGCAUUCGCCCCCAUUCCUCAAUCAAACGGUGUAUCGAAGGAGCUUAUGUACAAAUUGAGCAACCAGACAUUAUCCGGCAAACUUCGCGUUGAAAAUGGUCUAUUUCAAGAAGGAACAACCAAUGCCCCAGGAAGCUUUAAGAACGCUAAAUGUGCCUUACAAGUCGGAUACGCUGACAGCAUGUUUCCUUUUAAGGGCGAAGUAGAUGAACUCUCGAUUUAUCUGUGUGACCCCGACAAUUAAAUAGAAGUCAUUAUCUUGAACAAUUUAUUUAAUAGUGUAGUGUCAGCUGUAUUGAACAAAUUUUAAUUACGUUUGUUUAAGAAAAAAAUGCAUACGACGGUCAGAAAGUUCAGAUAUAAAAUACCGUUUCUGAUAGAUAAUCCCAAUAUUCGAGCAAAAUUGAUAUGUGAACAAACUUUAUUUAUGGUAAUAUGUGUAUUAUUCUUAUGUGGUUUUCAUCGGUAAUAUAUGCAAAUACAUGCAUGUCUAAAGCUACAUCGAUGUAAGUGAUUUCCUUCUUUCAUAAUUUAUUGUACAUUAAUAAUUGUCACAAGUUAUGAUUUAUUACGUUACAACAAAUAAUGAAAUAAGUGUUUAACAAUUGAAAGUAGAAAUAAAUGUUGUCUACAUUAUUAUGAAAGCAAUGCACAGUCUUAAUCCAUCAACCAAAUGCAUUACUUGUAUAAUGUAUCGUAAUGUUGAAACGAUUGUCUGUUUUCACAUCAUGAUUUGUGUUAGUUGCUCAUCUGCGUUAUGUUGUCUUUGUAAAUGUAUAUGUCUA